UUGAUUAAAUUGGGUGUCUUUUCGAUAUCCAGCUUCAUUUAGCAAAGGAGGUGGAUUAGGUGUUGCCUUUUUCAAGUACUAUCGAAUUAAAAAAAAAAUGGUGUUUUACGCCUUCGUUCUUGUCAUGAAGCCUCGCCAGCGUAGAUUCACUUCUCAGGCGCUGCGUGAGAUCGCUAUGUCUAUCUACAACAACGGCGGUUUGAUUCGCAAGCUUAGCAAUGAGGGGAUCAUGCGCCCGUACAGCAAGUUUCGCGAUGUGGAUAACAGCCCGAUCACGUAUGCGCGCUACGUCACGAUCCAGGUGGAUAUGGGAGAGGAGGAGAUGCAAAAAGUGGAGAGGCUCAUGCGGGAACAUGCCGAUGUGAAUAUUCUUCUGCGUCUGAACAAUUUAGAAAAGCCAAUUGGCGUCAAGAACAAUUCGAAAAACGCCGCGAAUUUCUUCCCAUUAGAUACGUUUUCGAGGAUGGAGGAGGAAAUAAACUGGCCGCCACAGGUCUCCGGUGAUGUUUAUGAGCAACUUGAUAUGAACUGGAAGGAGUUCUCACGUACGCGGUGGUCUAAUUUCUUGAGAAACUAAAUCCUUUCGCCACCAUUCGACAAAACUCCAGGGUUUUGCGGCUGCACGCAGAUCAACGAAGCUGUGAGAAAUAACUGCAUGUUGCGAUCUUACUAUUCCUUUAUUGGAGGGGGGGAUAAA